AUGCCUGUAGCACCACAUGCUGCAGUUAUUCCAGGGAAAUACUACCACACAGCGUACACUGAGGCAAUCAACCUCUUGAAUUAUUCCGUGGUAGUAAUACCAGUCACCAGGGCAAGCAAGAAUGUGGACAAGGCGGACGAAGGCUUCGAGCCACUUAAUGAGACUGAUGCUAAGAACUGGGAAGCUUACAAUGCAGAUACGUAUGAUGGCGCCCCUGUCGGCUUACAAGUUGUUGGGGGCAAAUUUGAGGAGGAGAAGGUUUGGGCUGUCGCCAAAAUCGUGUCUAACAUAUUGCAUGGGCACAAUGAAUCAUGA